UCUAAUUAUCUUUGCUAAAAAAAAACAUGAUAGACUUUUGAUUUUAUAAUUUUGGUACAACAAUAUUGAAUUCCAUCUCAGCUACUCCACUCCAACCUGUCACCACUUACCAUUCAUCAUCUCUCACCUCAACAACCUUCAUCAAUUAAUUACAAAAACCUCUCUCUCUCUCUCUCUCUCUCUCUCUCUCUCCCUAAACCUCAUGUUCCUUUCAUUUCUAACAUGUUUCCUUCCCAUCACAACAAAGUUAAAAUCUUUCACACACUUACAUUCAUCUCCAACUUCCACACCCUUUUGGGUCACUGCUUAAUAAUCUAACUGUCAAAUUCAAACCUUUUGGGAUCAAAAACAAAAGUUAUGGGAAGCAAAUGGAGAAAAGUGAAAAUAGCUCUUGGCUUGAAUUCUUGUGUUCACAUUCCAAAACCUUUAGAUGAUGAUCCCUCUUCAUCUCUCAACACCGCCGCCGUAAGCUUUUCCGGCUCCAUCCCUUCCUCCGCUGUUUCUCAUGCCGGUGACACCUCUGGUUAUAGUCAAAGUAAAAAGUCACCGUCUUCCUCUGGGCUCCGGUUACCCAAAUUCCCCAAGGGUACUUGUGCAAUAUGCCUGAACACAAUGAAACCAGGGAAUGGCCAUGCCAUUUUUACUGCAGAGUGCUCUCACUCUNUCCAUUUUCACUGCAUCACAUCAAAUGUAAAACACGGGAACCAAAUUUGCCCCGUUUGUAGAGCGAAAUGGAAAGAAGUUCCUUUCCAGAGCCCCGCUCUUAAUCCUCGAACCAAUCAACUAACAAGAGACGAUGGCUGGCCGACUGCUAUAAGGAGGCUUCCUUCUACUCAAGUUAAUGCAGGCGGAGGACAGAUUUCGUCGCUUUAUCAAGUGUCCGAACCAGCUAUUUUCGAUGACGAUGAAUCUAUUGAUCAACAUGCUUCAAUUCCUCACAACAAUAGUGAUGAGACUAGUAAUCACAAUAUAGUAAAUAGUGUCGAGAUUAGAACAUAUCCUGAGUUUUCAGCUGUUCCAAAAUCAGCCUCUCGUGAUUCCUUUGCUGUGCUAAUUCAUCUCAAAGCUCCUCAGUCAGAGAGAAAACAAAAUAUCGGUGGAAACAAUACCGAGUCAGUUGAAAACUCUCGUGCUUCAGUUGACCUUGUUACAGUUCUCGAUGUAAGUGGAAGCAUGUUAGGUACUAAGCUUGCGUUGCUAAAACGAGCUAUGGGUUUUGUCAUUCAGAAUAUGGGUCCCUCGGACCGGUUAUCUGUCAUUGCCUUCUCAUCAACAGCACGUCGCAUCUUUCCUCUUCGACGGAUGACUGAUGUUGGACGGCAACAGGCGUUACAAGCUGUUAAUUCUUUGGUUUCGAAUGGUGGAACGAACAUUGCUGAAGGCUUGAGGAAAGGUGCCAAGGUGUUUUCUGAUCGUCGGUGGAAGAAUCCGGUGUGUAGCAUCAUAUUACUCUCUGAUGGGCAAGAUACAUACACAGUCAGUACCAGACCGAACAUUGGAACAGAUUACCAGUCACUUGUACCGAACUCGAUUCAGCGUAGUAAUAGUGGUUUAGGCUUGCAGAUACCGGUACAUGCAUUCGGCUUUGGUUCUGACCAUGAUGCGACUUCAAUGCAUUCAAUCUCUGAGAUAUCAGGAGGUACAUUUUCUUUUAUCGAAGCCGAGGACGUAAUUCAGGAUGCAUUUGCGCAGUGUAUUGGUGGACUCUUGAGUGUAGUAGUGCAGGAACUAGAAUUAGAAAUUGUAUGUGUUCAUCCGAAGCUGCAACUUAGUUCGAUAAAGGCAGGAAGUUACCGAACAAGCUUGACAGCCGAUGGAAGAAAGGCUUCAAUUAACGUUGGAGAUUUGUAUGCUGAAGAAGAGAGGGACUUUUUGGUGACAGUCAAUGUUCCAAUUGAUGAUUCCAAUGAUUCAAUGUCGUUGUUGAAUGUUAGAGGUCUCUAUCGAGACCCUAUAACAAAGGAAAUGAUAGCUUUGGAAGAAACCAGUGAAGUGAAAAUCGAGAGACCAGAUAUAGGUAGAGAACUAGUGGUGUCAAUAGAAGUAGACAGACAGCGAAACAGGCUUCAAGCAGCCGAGGCAAUGGCCGAGGCAAGAGUUGCAGCCGAACGCGGCAAUUUGUCAGCUGCAGUUUCUGUCUUAGAUAACUGUCAUAAGACAUUGUCUGAAUCUGUUUCUGCUCAAGCCAGAGAUCGGUUAUGCGUUGCACUUUCUGCUGAACUAAAGGAAAUGAAAGAGAGAAUGGCGAACCAACAUGUCUAUGAACAAUCUGGAAGAGCUUAUGUUCUGUCGGGAUUGAGCUCGCAUUCGUCGCAAAGGGCAACGACGCGAGGCGAUUCUACUGAAAGCACUAGUCUUGUGCAAUCGUAUCAAACUCCUUCUAUGGUUGAUAUGGUGACUCGUUCGCAGACAAUGGUGUUUGGCGCUCCGCUAAGACGUAUUCUCCAACCUGCUAAAUCAUUUCCUGAGAGGCACAGAAGAUAAUAACAGCACUGGAUUUAGAAAAUUCUACCUAAUUAUUUUAUUGUAUUUUUAUUUUUUAUUUUAAAUUUUGGUUAAGAUGGGGGGUAUAAUUAAAAGGAAGGAGUUUUAGGGGGAUAUGAAAUUCUUGAUUUUGCCAGUAUUAAAAUGUAAAUGCAUAAAGGGAAAAAGGACAAGUCUAUUUUUUCAGUGUGAUGGAGUGAUGUACAUAAUUUACUGUUUUCAGUUGAAUUGAGCUGGUGAAUUAUUAUUAUAUGCAUAUUGAUAUGAUAUAUUUAAUUUUCA